CUUCCCGGUACAGUGGUAUAUAAUACGCGGCCUCGUAAGGUUUCUUUAACAGAACUUAAAGCGAUACUGAACAGAAAAAAAUGAAGAAACUACUACUUAUUUCGUUAAUAAUAGGUACUGCACUUUCUCAACUGGACUACGAGAGAAAUCGAAUAGCCCUUUUGCGGAGACGUCAACAACUUGCAAAUCUUUCGGAGCGAGAAUUGAUCAAUGGUGGAUUUCUUCCAUAUGGCUCUUCUCGUGUAUCAAAAGGUUUCCGCGGAUCGGACCCUUCAUUUGACGAAUUAACCGGCAGAAGACGUCGUUUCCAGUCAAACGUAGUAUUUCAGAAUGUUGACAAACCUGUUUCAGGGCGUCGAAGCUAUCUUCAAUCACUGAGAUCCUCUCUUCGUAGAAAUGGUGGACGAACGGGCAGAGCACGAGGAUCGUUUUGGAAAACAGAUCGUCCAGUUAAUGAACAAAAUGUGAGGAGAACGUAUAUGCCAGCCAUAAAGAGGCCACGAUUCACACCCAAUAUAAAAGAUAUACUUCCAAGAAGAAUGCCUAGUUAUUCACCAACAGCACGUGGAAUUGACUCAAACUGGACUCCCAGAUUACCAUCAACUGUUUCUGGGGCUGGAAAUUUUCUUCCUUCAAAUAUGAAUGAUUUUAUCGAGAGGACGAAUCCAGUGAAUGACAGAAGUUAUGUUUCACCAAAGAAACCUUCACUCAUCGUCGAACCUAUCCCUCUGCCUUCUUUAAGAGAUCCAGAACAUAUUACUGCAAAAGAGCAAAUACCAUCUCAAACACACACACCAGAUUACGUUGCACCAAUGGAUCCAGUACUUCCUGUCCAACACAAAACAGACCCAAAUUAUGUUGUCGAUGCAGCGCUCAAUGACCCGUUCGGUCCUCUAGAUAUGUCCACUUUCCCAUUAGAUAUCAAUGAUCCAAGUUAUGUUGAUCCCAUGCUCUCUCCUGAUCCCUUUGGUCCUUUUAAUUCUCUGUUGAAUCCAAAGUUACCAACAAAUGUCAAGGAUCCAAAUUAUUCUGCCGACAAAGUACUGAAAGAUCCAUUAGGUCCUUUAGACUCCCCCAGUUUGCUAUUAGAUAUCAAUGACCCAGGUUAUGUCGAUCCUGCACAAACGGAUCCCUUGAGUCCUUUAACUAAUGGUAAGGAUCCAAAUUAUGUUGCCAACCAAGAACUGAAAGAUCCAUUAGGUCCUUUAGACUCCCCCAGUUUGCUAUUAGAUAUCAAUGACCCAGGUUAUGUCGAUCCUGCACAAACGGAUCCCUUGAGUCCUUUAACUAAUGGUAAGGAUCCAAAUUAUGUUGCCAACCAAGAACUGAAAGAUCCAUUAGGUCCUUUAGACUCCCCCAGUUUGCUAUUAGAUAUCAAUGACCCAGGUUAUGUCGAUCCUGCACAAACGGAUCCCUUGAGUCCUUUAACUAAUGGUAAGGAUCCAAAUUAUGUUGCCAACCAAGAACUGAAAGAACCUUUAGGUCCUUUAGACUCCCCCAGAUUGCCAUUAGAUAUCAAUGAACCAGGUUAUGUAGAUCCUGGAUUAUCUGGUAGCAUGGGUCCUAUAGGCGAUCCACGUUUUCCCGACACCUUACCGACCGAUACCCUCUUCGAACCUUUGUUGCCUAAAGGAGGUUUAAUGAGUGAUCCUUUAGCAUCAUUUAAAAAUGGUAAUCCUAACUACGUCCCUUCUAAUGAUCCUCAAGCGCUGUUCAACGAUAAUCAAGCCAAUGCAUUUCCUGACGCCUUUGGUCUUUUGGAUUUGCCACAAGACCCCACCAGUUCCCGUGGUCCAUUUGCACAACUUCCACCAGACAAUGUAUCGCCAACAGACGGAAGUUUACCCUCGGAUAUUCCUUCCCUACCAGGACUUCUUGACCCUGUGAACACAGACUUCGGAAGCAAUGGAGGAUCGACCGAUCUUUUAAUGAAUCCAUCAAAUUAUCAACCAGAACCCCCUCUUCCGCAUUCUCCACUAUUUGACUCAAAUCUCCCACCUGUUCCCAACAUGAAUGGUUUUAAUUUGGAUCAGUCUAUUCCCGAAAUGAAUGGUUCUCCUUUGGAUCCUUUUAUUCCCGACAUGAAUGGUUCUCCUUGGGAUCCUCCUUUUCCCGACAUGAAUGGUUCUCCUUGGGAUCCUCCUUUUCCCGACAUGGAUGGAUCUCCUGGGGAUCCUCCUAUUCCCGACAUGAAUGGUUCUCCUUUGGAUACUCCCGACAUGAAUGGUUCUCCUGUGGAUCCAUCUAUUCCGAAUCAGUUUAUGACAAGGAGUGAAAUUAACGAAGCAGCUAGGCGGGAGUAUGCUAAAUCUCCAGGCGCUUUCGAUCCCAAAUGGAAUAAUCCAAACGUAAGGAACUCUAAUCUUUAUGUCAAGGGCAAGCCAGAUAAUCAAAAAGAUGCUCGUCACGCCAGAGGAAAGACACAGUCUGGCUCCACAGCAGUGGACAAAGAUAUCGAAAAUAAGACAGCAAAGAGUAAAUGGAGUGAAGGAUACAUUUCAAAGCCUGAUGCUCUUCGGUCAUAUGAAGGCUAAAUGGACAACUCUUUGGAUGCAGUGAAGAUCGGGAGAGAGUGAGAGCGACAGAACUCAUGUUCCAGGAGGCGGGAACGAUGCAAUAUUUCUACAAAUCCAUUUAAAAGUUCAUUUAUGUAAAUUUGUACAUUUCCACUGUGAUUUUUUUUAUGAAUAUUUCUAUAUACUUAAAUUAAUAAAAAAAACACUAUAACAAUUGAUUUGUUUGGUAUGGAAAUAUAUAGUAAAUCGUUUUGAAGAAGUUAAACUGUUGGGUGUAUGUGUUUAACAAUUACACUAUAUUCUGUCUAUCAGGCGAAGACAAUUGAGAGAGAUAGGAAGUGAUGUAAUUUAAAAUCUCUUAAAAAGAUAGACUCAUGAGGAGAUUUUUUUUUCGAAAAUGACUUCGAAAUGAUGACUGAAUAUUUAUAACAGAACUACGUCACCUUUAAAGGGAUGAAACGAUAUCCCGAAUUAUUAGCAAAACUUCUUCCCAUUUAUUUCACGUUGUUAGUUGCUCAAGCCAUUUGAUGCAACCUAACGGCCAUCGAUAAGUUAAUAAACAAUUGGUGGUGUUUUUUUUAUCAAAACGACAACAAGAUACUGUAAA